CUCCCCUCCUAGGCGGAGCGCACGUACAAGCCGGUGCCGUUCGUGAUGAGCACAGGGGGGUGGGGCGUGUGGGUGGACUCGUACGCGCAGGGCUCCUUCCACCUCAACCACGCCUCGGAUCCCGACCACAUGGUGCUGCGCUACCCCCUGCUUGCGUCCCUGCGCCUGGUCUUCAUGGCCGGCCCUCGCCUGCUGGACGUGCUCGCGCUCUUCUCGCGCCUCUCCUCCUCGCGCCCCAUCCCGCCGCCCCUCUGGACCUUCGCGCCCUGGAAGGGGCGCGACGUGCACAAGAGCAGCCAGGAGGUGUUGGACGACGCUGAGCGGCUGCGGCAGCACGGCAUCCCGGGGUCGGUGAUUCUGUUGGACAGCCCGUGGGAAACGGCGUACAAUGACUUCACCAUCAACCGCCGCCAGUUCCACAACCCCCAGGCGCUUUUCAUGCGCCUGCACGCCCUCGGCUUCCGCGUGGUGUUCUGGGUGACGCCCUUCGUGAACGCUGCCAACCGCGUCGACAUGCCGGGCAUCAAGCCGGGCGCCGCCCCCAACUUCCACGAGGCGGCUCAGAAGGGCUUCCUCGUGCGCAACGGCAGCGCGCAGCCGCAGGUGGUGCAGUGGUGGAAGGGGCGCGGGGCGCGCGUGGACUUGAGCAAUGGCGAGGCGGAGCGGUGGUGGCGCGCACAGAUGGGCCAGAUGCUGCAGUGGGAGGAGGUGUUCGGCGGGGUGAAGGCGGACGACGGCGAGGGCGCGUACUUUGAGGCGGGCGCUGUGUUCCAUGAUGGGUCGCCGCUGGAGGUCAUGCGGAACAAGUACGUGCAGCUGUACCAUGCGUGCAUGCAGCGCUUCAUCAACGACAGUGUGGGGGCCUCCCAGGGUGUCGUCGUGGCCCGCGCUGCCUUUACAGGCACUGCCAGCUCGUUCGUGUGGGCAGGCGACAACAAGGCGUCCUUCUCCCCCACGGACGGGCUGCCAUCGGUGGUGGUGGCGGGGCAGACGGCGGCGGCAUCGGCGCUCUUCCUGUGGGGCAGCGACAUCGCGGGGUACCUGGGGAAGACCAUCGCGCGCAACGUCUUCAUCCGCUGGACGCAGUUCGGCGCGCUCUCCCCGCUGAUGCACCAGUUCGGGCAGGCCAACAGCGGCCCGUGGGACUACGACGCUCUCACGCUGCGCAUCUACCGCCGCUUCGCACGCCUGCACAUGGCGCUCGCGCCCUACCUGCACCGCGCGGCGCGCGAGGCGGGGGGGCAGGGGCGGCCGGUGAUGUGCCCCAUGGCGCUGUGCGCGCAGGGGGAGGGGGCGGCAGAGGCAGGGCGGUGGGAGGGGCAGUACCUGCUGGGGCGCGAGCUGCUGGUGGCGCCCGUGGUGAAUGAGAGCGAUAGCGUGGAGGUGUUCUUCCCAGCGUCGUCCCCCUCGUGGCUGCACCUGUUCUCUGGGCGGCGGUACAGCGGGGGCCAGCAGGUACGCGUGGCGGUGCCACUGGAGGAGGCGGCGGUGUUUGUGAGGGCGGGCGGCGUGCUGGAGGUGCUGCCCGACGACAUUGACACCCUUGUGCCCUGUGGGGCCCACAUCGAUGCCUCCGUCAAAUGCAUGCCCAGCCAUCGCACCAUCCAGCUGUGGCCCGGCGGUGAGGGCUCCACCGUGCUCUGUGCCAUGCUGCGUGUCUCCCACCGCUACGAGGGGGGCGUCACGCCUGCCAGCACUGGAUUGGCUGGCGGCACUGCCAGGUCAGGCAGCAGAAUGGCCAGGGAAAGUGUUGGCAGUGGUGCUGCCAGCAGUGGUAGCAGCAGCAGCAGUGUGAAGAUGAGUAGCGAGGCAGCAGGGGGGGAGGGCAUGGCAGGUGACAGCCUUUUUGACGAGAGUGGGGGGGGUGUGGGUAGGAAUGGCGGAGGGGAGGCAGAGGUGGAUGCGGAGGGGACUAGAGGGCAGCAGGGUGGGGGUGAUGGCGAGGGGGUGAGGGGCGAAGGUGAGGGGGUGGAGGAUUUGCCUCAGAUGGAUUCAUCGCAAGAGGACGAGGGCGAAGGGGGAGGUGCAGGAGGGGAGCGGAAGGAGGAGGGCGAUGGGGAAGUAAGAAGGGCAAGGAGGAUUUUUGGAAUGGGAGCGGGUGGUGAGGGGGGCCUGAAAGCUGGUGUGGAGCGCGGCGCAGGCGGGCAGCAGCAAGGGGAGAGGAGCGGAGGCAGGCGAGUGGUGGAGGUGGCAUGGGAGGGUGAGGCGCGGCGGGAGGUGCACGUGCUGCUCAUGUUCGAGAGCGUGCGGCAGGUGAUGGUGCUGCCUGCAAGCGCUGGCGCUGAUGAUGGUGGCAGCCACGAGGGCAAGGCUUUGCCUUGUGAGAGUGCUGAGAGCCUGGACAGGCCCUUGUCAGUGUGCAGUCUGCACCUAGACAAGGGAAUAACAAGGAUGGUUUAUUCUGCGUGAGAUAUCUGCCAAAUGCUUGUCAUUCCUCAUGCUUAUUCGUAAGGUUAGUGGUUGUCGAAUCCCUAGCAUGAAAUAAGCAAGGAGCUUUCAAUUAGGGCGCUUUUGGUAAGG